AUGACCACUCACGUCACGCUAGAGGAUGCCUUGUCCAAUGUGGACUUGCUGGAGGAGUUGCCUCUGCCAGACCAGCAGCCAUGCAUCGAACCGCCACCGUCCUCCAUCAUGUACCAGGCUAAUUUUGACACAAACUUUGAAGACAGAAAUGCCUUUGUGACCGGCAUUGCCAGGUACAUCGAGCAGGCGACGGUGCACUCCAGCAUGAAUGAAAUGCUGGAAGAAGGCCACGAGUACGCCGUGAUGCUUUACACGUGGAGGAGCUGCUCACGAGCCAUCCCCCAGGUGAAAUGUAACGAACAGCCAAACCGAGUGGAGAUUUAUGAGAAGACGGUGGAAGUCCUGGAGCCAGAAGUUACCAAGCUUAUGAAGUUCAUGUAUUUUCAGCGCAAGGCUAUCGAGCGGUUCUGCAGCGAAGUGAAGCGCCUGUGCCACGCUGAGCGGAGGAAGGACUUUGUCUCCGAGGCGUAUCUCCUCACGCUGGGCAAGUUCAUUAACAUGUUCGCUGUCCUGGAUGAGCUGAAGAACAUGAAGUGCAGCGUCAAAAAUGACCACUCUGCCUACAAAAGAGCUGCCCAGUUUCUGCGGAAGAUGGCAGACCCCCAGUCCAUCCAGGAGUCCCAGAACCUCUCCAUGUUCCUGGCAAACCACAACCGCAUCACACAGUGUCUGCACCAACAACUAGAGGUUAUCCCUGGCUAUGAGGAACUGCUGGCUGAUAUUGUCAAUAUCUGUGUGGACUACUAUGAAAACAAGAUGUAUCUCACUCCCAGUGAGAAACACAUGCUCUUAAAGGUGAUGGGAUUUGGCCUGUAUCUCAUGGAUGGGAAUGUCAGCAACAUUUACAAGUUGGACGCCAAGAAGAGAAUCAACCUUAGCAAAAUAGAUAAAUUCUUCAAGCAGCUGCAGGUGGUUCCUUUAUUCGGCGAUAUGCAGAUAGAACUGGCCAGAUACAUUAAGACCAGUGCUCACUAUGAGGAGAACAAAUCCAAGUGGACGUGCACUCAGAGCAGCAUAAGUCCCCAGUACAACAUCUGUGAGCAGAUGGUCCAGAUCCGAGACGACCACAUCCGCUUCAUCUCAGAGCUUGCUCGCUACAGCAACAGCGAGGUGGUCACUGGCUCAGGACUGGACAGCCAGAAAUCAGAUGAAGAGUACAGGGAGCUCUUUGAUCUCGCUUUACGGGGACUGCAGCUGCUGUCCAAGUGGAGUGCCCACGUCAUGGAAGUGUACUCUUGGAAGCUGGUUCAUCCCACAGAUAAGUUCUGUAACAAGGAUUGCCCAGGAACAGCAGAAGAGUAUGAGAGAGCCACCCGGUACAAUUACACCAGUGAAGAGAAGUUUGCCUUUGUGGAGGUAAUUGCCAUGAUCAAAGGUCUGCAAGUGCUGAUGGGCCGGAUGGAGAGUGUCUUUAACCAAGCCAUCCGCAACACUAUCUAUGCAGCCCUGCAGGACUUCGCCCAGGUGACCCUGCGAGAGCCACUCAGGCAGGCGGUCAGGAAGAAAAAGAACGUAUUGAUCAGUGUCCUUCAGGCAAUUCGGAAGACAAUCUGUGACUGGGAGGGAGGUCGAGAGCCUCCGAAUGAUCCUUGCCUGAGGGGUGAGAAGGAUCCUAAAGGUGGAUUUGAUAUUAAAGUCCCACGACGAGCCGUAGGACCUUCAAGUACGCAGCUUUACAUGGUGCGGACCAUGCUGGAGUCCCUCAUAGCAGACAAGAGUGGCUCAAAGAAGACUCUGAGGAGCAGCUUGGAUGGGCCAAUAGUCUUGGCCAUUGAGGAGUUCCACAAGCAGUCGUUCUUCUUCACCCACCUUCUCAACAUCAGUGAAGCGCUGCAGCAGUGCUGCGACCUGUCCCAGCUCUGGUUUCGGGAGUUCUUCCUGGAGCUGACCAUGGGCCGCCGCAUUCAGUUCCCCAUCGAAAUGUCCAUGCCCUGGAUCCUCACGGACCAUAUUCUGGAAACCAAAGAACCCUCCAUGAUGGAGUACGUACUGUACCCCUUGGACCUCUAUAAUGACAGCGCAUACUAUGCCUUGACCAAGUUCAAAAAGCAGUUCCUAUAUGAUGAAAUUGAAGCUGAAGUGAAUUUGUGCUUUGAUCAAUUUGUGUACAAGCUGGCAGAUCAGAUCUUUGCCUAUUAUAAAGCAAUGGCUGGCAGUGUUUUAUUGGACAAACGUUUCCGGGCUGAAUGUAAGAAUUACGGGGUGAUUAUUCCAUACCCACCAUCCAACCGCUACGAAACACUGCUCAAGCAGAGGCAUGUCCAGUUGCUGGGUAGAUCAAUUGACCUGAACAGGCUCAUUACCCAGCGUAUCUCGGCAGCGAUGUACAAAUCAUUAGACCAGGCCAUUAGCCGCUUUGAGAGUGAGGACCUGACAUCCAUAGUGGAGCUGGAGUGGCUCUUGGAAAUAAAUCGCCUGACUCACAGGUUGCUGUGCAAGCACAUGACUUUGGACAGCUUUGAUGCCAUGUUCCGGGAGGCCAACCACAACGUCUCCGCGCCCUAUGGGCGCAUCACCCUCCACGUCUUCUGGGAGCUCAACUUUGACUUUCUACCCAACUACUGCUACAAUGGAUCCACCAACAGGUUUGUGAGGACAGCAAUCCCGUUCACGCAGGAACCCCAGCGAGACAAGCCGGCCAACGUUCAACCAUAUUACCUCUACGGAUCCAAGCCUCUCAACAUUGCCUACAGUCACAUCUAUAGCUCCUACCGCAAUUUUGUGGGGCCACCUCAUUUCAAGACAAUCUGCAGGCUUCUUGGCUACCAAGGGAUCGCAGUGGUUAUGGAAGAGCUGUUGAAGAUCGUCAAGAGCCUGCUACAAGGCACCAUCCUGCAGUACGUAAAGACUCUGAUCGAAGUAAUGCCGAAGAUAUGCCGCUUGCCAAGACACGAAUAUGGCUCUCCAGGAAUCCUGGAGUUUUUCCACCAUCAGCUGAAGGACAUAAUUGAGUACGCAGAGCUGAAGACAGAUGUGUUCCAGAGCCUCAGAGAAGUGGGCAAUGCCAUUCUCUUCUGCCUCCUUAUCGAGCAGGCUUUGUCCCAGGAAGAAGUUUGUGAUUUGCUGCAUGCUGCUCCCUUCCAAAAUAUUUUGCCCAGGGUCUACAUCAAAGAAGGAGAACGCUUGGAGGUGCGCAUGAAGCGUCUCGAAGCCAAGUAUGCCCCACUUCACCUGGUUCCCUUAAUAGAGAGGCUGGGCACUCCGCAGCAAAUAGCCAUCGCACGGGAGGGUGACUUGCUGACCAAGGAGCGGUUAUGCUGUGGGCUGUCCAUGUUCGAGGUGAUCCUGACGCGAAUUAGGAGCUACCUGCAGGACCCGAUCUGGCGUGGGCCACCCCCAACAAACGGAGUCAUGCACGUGGACGAGUGCGUGGAGUUUCACCGGCUCUGGAGUGCCAUGCAGUUUGUGUACUGCAUCCCCGUGGGCACCAACGAGUUCACUGCAGAGCAGUGUUUUGGAGAUGGUCUGAACUGGGCAGGUUGCUCUAUCAUUGUUCUCCUUGGACAGCAACGGCGCUUUGACCUCUUUGACUUCUGCUACCACCUGCUGAAGGUGCAGAGGCAGGACGGGAAGGAUGAAAUCAUAAAAAAUGUGCCCUUGAAGAAGAUGGCCGACAGGAUCCGGAAAUAUCAGAUCCUGAACAACGAGAUUUUUGCCAUCCUGAACAAGUACAUGAAGUCGGUGGAAACAGACAGUUCCACGGUGGAGCAUGUGCGCUGCUUCCAGCCCCCAAUCCACCAGUCACUGGCCACCACCUGCUAG